UAAAGCGCGGAAUCACAUUCCAGAGCAGCAGAGAGGGGGCGGGGCUUCAGGUGAACAGGUAUAAGAGCAGCACAGGUGCGAGAGAGAGAGAGAGAGAGAGUGAGAGUCCCGGAGUCUGAACACACUCGACAGAGCAGCUCAGAACAGCUACACAUCAUCGAAACGCUUUCGCUCUUUCGGCUCGUGACAAGAUGCUUAAAGGAAUACUCUCGGUGCUCUUGGUCCUGGUGACCCUGUCUUCCGCCAUGGGGAAGCCUGAGAAGACCACUCCCAAGAAAGAGAAGAGGAUUCCUCAGACUCUCUCCAGAGGAUGGGGCGAUCAGCUGAUUUGGGCACAGACAUACGAGGAAGCUCUGUUUUGGUCACGGUCCAAAAACAAGCCCCUCAUGGUCAUCUUUCACCUGGAGGACUGCCCGCACAGCCAGGCUCUGAAGAAGGCCUUCGCCGAGGAUAAAGACAUCCAGAAGCUGGUCGAUGAGGAUUUCGUCAUCUUGAACUUGGUGUACGAGACCACAGAUAAGCACUUGUCUCCCGACGGCCAGUACGUUCCCAGAAUCCUCUUUGUUGAUCCCUCCAUGACCGUCCGAGCAGACAUCACGGGCCGCUACUCCAACCGCUUGUACGCCUAUGAGCCCGCCGACAUGAAACUCUUGCUGAGCAACAUGCAGAGAGCCCUGAAGUUUCUGAAGACAGAGCUGUGAACACAAAAGCCGGAAGGAUCGUAACUUCUCGAGGGUCACCGUAAUUCUGUCAUUUGUUUACUGACGGCAUGAAGCGCACUGUAAAGCCUUGUACAAAAAUUACAAUAUGUGAAACUUCGGGCUUUAUUUUCAUGUUUUUUUUUCAAUAAAUGAAGUCGUUUGAAA